UGCAGUGGAAUGAUUGAAACACACAGCGCGUGCUCUCACUCACUCUCUCAUUCACAUUCAAACUCUUUCUUUCUCUGCUUCCUUCCCCAUACAACAAUAACAACAGCAACAACAACCUUUGUCUUUGUCAUUUUCCUCUCCCACUUCCAAAACUCACAUCUCGCUUCUCCCUUCUCUUCUUCUUCUUCCCUCGUCUCUUUUUCUCUCUCUGAAGAAAGUUCUGCUUUUUACAAGCAUUGGAUCACGGAAUCACCGCCCCAUUUUCUUCUAAGGCCUCAAAGGCUCAAACCCAGUUGCAUUCUCCAUUUUCAUGCAGAGAUUCCAUCUGGGUCUCUCUCAAAAUCGAACCUUGAUGAUGGAUUCAAGUGCCCCAAACACACCCUCCUUUCAGAACACCCCAGACUCUAACAUCACCACCAACACUCUCUCUCCAAAGCCUUACAAGAAGAGCUUCGUCACCACUCUCAUGGAGGCAGCAACACUCCGCACUCCUUCCUUCAAAGAAGACAACUACUUCGUCUCUCUCCUCAGACCCUCAGAGAGAAAGGCACUUCAAGAACUCAAGGAAAAGCUCAAAGCUUCUAUUGACAGUAAGAAUGGUGAAAAUGAUGGUGCUGUUAUGUGGGGGAUUCCACUCCUUGGUGGUGAUGAUCGUGCUGACGUCAUACUCUUGAAGUUCCUUAGAGCAAGGGAUUUUAGGGUUGCUGAUGCACUCACCAUGCUCCUUAAGUGCUUGCAAUGGAGGAAGGACUUUGGUGCUGAAACCAUUGUUGAUGAGGAUUUGGGAUUCAAGGAGCUUGAAGGUGUGAUAGCAUAUAUGCAAGGGUAUGACAAAGAAGGGCAUCCAGUGUGUUACAAUGCAUAUGGUGUUUUUAGGGAUAAGGAAAUGUAUGAGAGGAUCUUUGGUGAUGAAGAGAAGCUGAAGAAGUUCCUUAGAUGGAGGGUUCAGGUCCUUGAGAGGGGCAUCAAGCUCCUACAUUUCAAGGCUGGUGGGGUCAAUUCCCUUAUUCAGGUCACUGACCUUAAGGACAUGCCCAAAAGGGAGCUUAGGGUUGCUUCUAACCACAUCCUCUCCCUCUUCCAAGACAAUUACCCAGAGAUGGUGGCUCGCAAGAUUUUCAUCAAUGUGCCAUGGUACUUCAGCAUGUUGUAUUCAAUGUUCAGCCCGUUUCUGACUCAAAGAACCAAGAGCAAGUUUGUGAUCUCUAAGGAAGGAAAUGCUGCUGAGACGCUCUACAAAUUCAUAAGGCCCGAGGAUAUUCCUGUUCAGUAUGGAGGGCUGAAUAGGCCCAGUGAUUUGCAGAAUGGUCCCCCAAAACCUGCUUCAGACUUCACUGUUAAAGGUGGAGAGAAAGUGAACAUACAAAUAGAAGGAAUUGAGGCUGGUGCAACCAUCACAUGGGACAUAGUGGUUGGUGGUUGGGACUUAGAAUAUAGUGCUGAGUUCGUACCAAAUGCUGAAGGAAGCUACACCAUAGCUGUUGAGAAGCCAAGAAAAGUUAUGGCCUCAGAGGAAGCAAUUCACAACUCAUACACAUCAAAGGAACCAGGCAAAAUGGUACUCUCUGUUGAUAACACUUCCUCGAGGAGGAAAAAGGUCGCGGCGUAUCGCUACGUCGUCCGGAAAUCCAGUAGUACCGUGUAAUAAUAACAACCUCAAUUUAGAUUUUAGGACUUUCUAUGAUGUUUUUCCUCUUUUCUUGGUUUUUUGGAUGGUCUAAUUUUAUGCUUAUGAACUCGUUAAAGCCCUACUUAGAGUUAUUAAUGGUAAUGUACUAAUGCAAUGUAAAAAAGGAUGGGUGAAAAAUGGUUAGUGUAUUAUUAUUGCUUGGUAUAGAAGAAAAGCAAUUAAGGUUGCUUAUAUAACAUACCAUGUUACUGUUUUUGUUUGUC